CCCUUUGGCUAAAGUGCUUGCAUAGUUGUACUCCUUUCGCGCAAAUAGCUAAGUGCUGGUGAAGAUCGCGGUAGUGUUAGUGCAAUCAGAUCAGCAAUGGCAGGGGUGGUGUUGGUUUUUGACUUUGACAAGACAAUCAUCGAAUGCGACAGUGAUGAUUGGGUUGUGGAAGGGUUUGGUGUUUCUGAGCUGUUCACUCAACUCCGGCCUACUUUCCCCUUGAACACUCUCAUGGAUAGAAUGAUAAUGGAGGUCCAGUCUAGGGGAAACUCAAUUGAGGAUAUCGCUGACUGUUUAAGACGGGUUCCAUUACAUCCCAAAAUUGUCUCUGCUAUUAAAUCAGCCCAUGCUUCGGGGUGUGAUUUGAGGAUAAUAAGCGAUGCCAACGUCUUCUUCAUCGAGACAAUCUUGAAGAAUCAUGGACUGUUGGAUUGUUUCUCGGAAAUCAACACGAACCCGAGUUACGUUGAUGGAGAAGGCAGGCUUAGAAUCUCUCCUUACCAUGACUUCGAAUCGUCUUCCCACGGCUGCAAUAUCUGCCCUCCCAACAUGUGCAAGGGUCUGAUCAUGGAAAGAGUUCAGGCCCCUGUUUCUGCCACCGGAAAGAAAAGGUUUAUCUAUCUGGGUGAUGGAACUGCCGAUUUUUGCCCGGGUUUGAAACUCGGAGAGGAUGAUUUCCUAAUGCCGAGGAAGAAUUUUCCAGUGUGGGAGCUGAUUUGCAGCAACCCAAAACUCAUCACAGCAAACAUUCAUGAAUGGAAUGACGGGGAGGAGCUUGGCGAUGUCCUGUCCCAUUUAGUCAACCAAAUCUUCAUUGAAGAGAACUACGCUGUUGGAGUCGAUCAGAUGGUUCCAGUUCAUUGCAAAUUCCAGACGAGCUCGGUCCCUGCCCAUGCAGCCUUUCGAACUCAACCGCUUCCACACUAGCCAAUGGAAAUGCAAACAACGAGUUUUUACUCUUAUUUCCAAUCGUGUUUAAUAUUUGGAUUCACGUUCAGUGGA